AUGAUUUCAAUUUAUUAAUAAGUGCCUUUAAAAGUAGAGGCAUUCACUCACAGCUAGAUUUGUGUUCGGAUUUCGUGCUGGAUUGCAUUUUUCUUAUGUCUGUAGCUUUUUGGAAUUGGGGAUAGGAAGAAGUUCAUUUCUAAGCCAUUUUAUCAUCAAGAAUGCCAAGAAAGCGAUUACGAGAAUUCGACUAAGUUGAGUUGUUCUUCGAUUGGGAUGUUUCAGCCUGAGAUGAAGGAUGUUAAAUUGGAAAUCAACGUUUCAAUCUCGAAUGAAGAUUUAUACAAAUUGAAUAAAAGCAAGCUUUCAUCUGAAUUCUAAAUCAGUAGGAUAGGUGUUCAAUUAACCUUGUAUAGCAAUUAAUCACUUGACAAUUCCACUGAAAUGAAGAAUUACUAGAAAUACGAAACAACAAUGAUAGAUGAAUAUAUAGAGACGAAGUUGAAUUGUUUGAAAUGGUUCGAUCAUUUCAAUUGCAUUGGAGACUUAAGGGAAAUAAAUACAAAUUAGAACACUCUUUUCCUGUCCAAUAUAUCCAUCAUUAAACCACCAGAGUACUCAACCUUGAAAUUGUAAUAUUUGCAAUCAACAUUUGAGAGUACGCAAUUCUAUCGUAUACUGCUCUCAUGCUAAUUCCUUUUCACUGUGAUCAUCAUUUAUGCAAUGUGUUAUUUGUACAUCAACAUUGAUGGCUACCAAAAAAUAUAAUGGCCUGAUAUAUUGAAAUGGAUACCCUUUUUGUUGGUUUUGAUGGUAUUUUAUAACAUGCCAGUCUAACUCUUUAGAUAUUCUCAUUUGUAUUUUGUGCAAGGCUAUACAAAUAUGAUCUAAUUGUUUGUACACACUAGUUUGUUUUAUUUCUGGUUGAUCAUUUUUGAGUUUUAGAAAUUUCAAAAUAUGACAAUGGAAGAUAUCAUUAAUAAGAGGAAGUUGCUGUAAGUUAAACAUGCAUUUUAGAUUGUUAUUGUUCUCUUGUACACUAUGCCGUAAGCAUUCAUGAAUCUGUAUCUCUUCUAUCAGAAAUAGAACAACUCCUAAUUUGACAUCAAGAAAGAUAUUCUAUUUUACGAAAUCUAUGAUAGAUACAUAUUGUCAGUCUUAACCAUAUACUCACUAUGUUUUUUUUACUUGCUUUACAAACAAUUUAAUUACACUCAGCCGAAUAUGAAUAACGAAACAGUCAAAAUUUAGGAGAUUCAAUAUGAGAUUUUCCCUGAGCACGAUUAAUCCAAAUUUGCCAAAGUGUAAAUCAGGAAGUACAAACUCCUGCACAUACUUUCCACACUAUGCUUCAUAGUCUUACUCUACAACUAAUAUAUAAGAAUACUGAGACCCAAACAGGUUACAGUCCUAAGCACUGUCAAUGAAUGGAGUUUAAUCAACAUUUACAUAUGUAUCAUCAUCCAGUUUUACAUACCGUCCAAGAGGGAAUCAUACAAUCUGCCCAAUGAAGUUGCUGACAAUAAGAUUCAAUAGGCGGAUUAAGAAGAAGCCAUAUGA